AUUUAAAUGUAAAUAUUUAUAUUUUGCUUGGUUAUUUUUAUUAUUUAUUAAUUCAUUAAGUUUACAAAGAAGUGAAUCCAUUGUGUCACGUCUUAUAAAAUCUUUUUAAUAAUGUCUGAUCCUGCUUUGCUUUCAACAGUAGCAAAUCUGUUGAGGCCAGCGAGCAAAGAAAUUUCACGGGGUAAAUAUAAACUGUGCCUAUCCACCAUUUAUUUAAACAAAUUGAACAAGGCAUUUGACGAUAAUAUUUCGGAGAUUUCAAAUGCUUCUGCAUCAUCUUUUCAUCUCACUGACGCUCAAGCUUCAUUGCAAAUAGACUUACAAUUCUUGUUUGGUCUGGUUAAAGGAACAUUGGCUUUAAAAGUUAUCCCCGAUCUUGUGGAAGAUGAAGGAGACAACUCUGUGAAUAUACAGCUAUUUCAGAAAGUCAAGUCACUUGAAAUUCAUAAAAUCAACAUCAAACAUGUCUUAGGACUACAGAAGCUGAGAUCUCACUUAGAAGAUCUCAUUUGCAUGUAUAGCUUAGAGGAUUUGGAGGAUGUUCUUGAUAAAUGUGGAGGUGACUCCAGCCACCACAAAUUUGGCUGGGAUGGUCUUAAGAGAGCAAAUUUCUCUCACAACAAAAUUAAAGAUAUUGGGAGAAGUUUUGAAUUUACUCCUUGGCUGCAAGUCUUAGAUCUUAGUCACAAUGAAAUAAAGAACUUGGAAGUUAUUGAUCAUCUGCCAAAUUUAAAGAGCCUGAACCUAUCCUAUAAUAAAUUGGAAAAAGUUCCCUGGUUUAAACUUUGUAAAAGGCUACAGGUACUAGUUUUAAACAACAACUUUAUAGAGGACAUAUCAGGACUUACAUCUUUAUCUGGGUUAUUUCUCUUGGAUCUCACACACAAUUGCAUAAACCAUCAUUCCUGCCUUAUCUCUAUUUCCCAGAUGGACUGCUUAUAUACUAUAGAUUUGAGGGGUAAUCCUAUUUACUACCACCCGAUCCAUCGAACCUUAACUUGCAACUAUUUAAAUAAAAACACUGCUAGCCUAAACUUGGUUUUGGAUAAUAUUCCGUUAACAAAAAAUGAGAAAUCAUUAACAGGCUCUUUAUAUCCACUGUCUCAAGGUUCUUUAGGUUCGAAUGGCAGUCAUUCCUUCCAGAAUUCAUUUGAACAAUCCAUGCAGGAUAGACCAAAGAAGGUUAGAAAUGUGGAUAUCUUAGAAGGAGACCAGAUAAAGAAUAUUAAAAAAAAGAAUGAUGUUGUUCCAUCACCUAGAAGUGCUGAUCAGGGCUAUUUGAGUGUAAAAAACACUAUUACAAAGUUACGAGAAGAGCAUGGAGAUAGUUGGUUAACAAGUCAGUCUGGCGGUGUGGUUCAAGACGUCCUAAAUAUUCCAGAUUCUCCUAAUAGGACGUCUACUCCUUUAAAUAAAACCGACAAUAAAAAUGAAGAUUCAAUAGAAACAUUGAAAACAAUUGAUACAGAAGGUACUAAUAAUGAUUCGUUUCUUACUUGUCAGACUAAAAACGAGGAUGAAGAUACAAAAUCGCAGGAUGCGUCUAUUUUUUAUUCAAUUGAAAAAGAAUCGAAUAGUUCAUCGUCAGAAGAUGAAGACUACAGUAAUAUUUUUUAUAGUGGGUCAAAUCCAGAUGUCGAAGAUCUCUGUAUUGUCGUAACGGAAACUCAACUAUCGGAACGGGAUGCCGUCACAAGUAAACGAAGAGCAAGGUGGCACAUAUGCGACAUCAAAUCAUGCCAGAAAGGUGAGAAUGAAAAGGAAGUAAAGAUAGAAUUUGACUCUUCCCGAGCCGAUAAACGAUCGAGAAUUUACUACAUACAAGAAUCGGAACAUUUCGUUAAACUUAUUCAUGAAAGCAUGGAAAAGAAUAAAGUGCCCGACCAACGAACCGUUUAUCAGUGCAUAAAGUGCAGUCACAAUUUCUCGAGGAUCAAACUUCCUAGAAGUGUUAUUGUCGAUGAGGUUAUAACCUGUCCUAAGUGUGAUAGUAAUUUAGUGGUAGAGUCUUAAUACUUAUAAGGCAUAAAAUCAUUUGUCAAAAUUUACUAUUAUAUAAUUUUUUAAAUAAAUUGCUUUAAAAAAUUAAGUAAAAGAAAUCACAGUGCAAUCUUAUGUUUUUUAUUAUUUACAUUCAGAUAAUUUAUAUUUAUUAAGCUUUUAUAUGAUUAAUUUUAAUUAUUUAGACUGAUAUAUUUUAUUAUACUGAUUAUAAAGAUAAAUGUAUAUAAAAGGCUUAUUAUAUAUUAUAAAUACUAGAAAAUUGGAAGGAGCACAUAUUGUAUGUACAUAUAUAGUUGUAAAAUUGCAUACAUUUAUAUAAAAUUAUUAUGUUUAAUAAAGUUUAUGUUUAAUCUUGA